AUGGCGUGGAUUCUGGACUGCCUGUUUGCUUCGGCCUUUGAGCCCCGCCCCCGCCGUGUGAACGUCCUGGGAGGAGCCCCAGGACACAACCCGGACCGCAGGAAGAUGGUAUCAAUACACAGUCUCUCAGAGCUGGAGCGUCAGAAGCUGCAAGAGACUGCUUACCAAGAACUCGUGGCCAGACAGUUUCUCUCUGAAUUCAAGCCUAACCGAGAUCUCUCUGUUGACAGCCCAAACACCUUGGAGAACAGGUUUCUGAUUCCAAGAGGACAACAGAGGGCUGCAUCACUCAAGACUUUUGGCGUUCGUCUGGAAGAGGUGCUGGUGAAUGAGUUCACCCGCAGCAAGCAACUUGAAUUAAGAGCCGCGAUGCAGAUUGAAGAAGCUACCAGUCAGGCUGCAGGCCGUCGCCGUCGUCGGGGAAACCUGGUGCAAAGGAUGCAAAGGGUGUUUGGCCGCAUCAGGCGCCUUUUCAACCGAAGACGGGAGGAGCCCUCUUUGCCCCGAGAGUUCACUCGCCGUGGGCGUAGAGGUGCCAUAUGUGUGGAUAGCUUGGCUGAACUGGAGGAUGGGGCCAUGCUGCUGCAGACCCUGCAACUUUCCAAAAUUUCCUUUCCAAUUGGCCGUAGACUUCUGGGAUCCAAAAGGAAAAUGAGCCUCAAUCCAAUUGCUAAGCAAAUCCCUCGCGUAGUUGAGGCAUGCUGCAGCUUCCUUGAGAAACAUGGCUUAAACACGGUGGGGCUUUUCACCAUGGAAUACUCAGAGGAGAGAGUGAGUAAGCUCCGUGAAGCAUUUGAUCAAGGUCUGGAUGUGGUGUUUGAUGACAAUCAGAAUGUGCAUGAUGUUGCCGCACUUCUCAAGGAGUUUUUCCGUGACAUGAAGGACUCUCUGCUGCCAGAUGAUCUAUACAUGUCCUUCCUCCUGACAGCAGCUCUGAAGCCACAAGAUCAGCUUUCUGCCCUGCAAUUGCUGGUGUACCUGAUGCCACCAUGCCACAGUGACACCCUGGAGCGUCUGCUGAAGGCCCUGCAUAAAAUCACCGAGUACUGCGAGGACUCUAUUGGCGUUGAUGGACAGUUGGUUUUUGGCAACCGUAUGACUUCCACCAACUUGGCCUUGGUGUUUGGAACGGCUCUCCUGAAGAAAGGGAAAUUUGGCUUUAGGGAAUCCAGGAAAACAAAUCUGGGGAUUGAUCACUAUGUUGCUUCUGUCAAUGUGGUCCGUGCUAUGAUUGAUAACUGGGAUGUCCUCUUCCAGGUGCCACCACAUAUUCAGAGGCAGGUUUCGAAGCGUGUGUGGACAUCCAGUCCUGAAGCCCUUGAUUUUAUCAGACGCAGGAAUCUGAGGAGGAUCCAGAGUGAACGUAUUAAGAUGGAGGAGGAUGCUUUACUUUCUGAUCCUGUGGAAACCUCUGCUGAAGCCCGGGCUGCUGUCCUUGCUCAAAGCCAGCCCUUUGAUGAAGGUUCCUCUGAGGAGCCAGCUGUGCUUCCCGGCACUGCCCGUUCCCAUGACGAUGAGGAAGGAGUGGAUAACCCCCCCAUUCUGGAGCAAGACCGCCCAUUGUUCCGUGUGCCCCGGGAGGAGGAGGAGGACGAGGACGAGGACGAGGACGAGGACGAGGACGAGGAGGCCAAAGCUGGCAUCGGCUAUUACUAUCCUUAG